CCAAACCUCGCGUCGACACAAACAUGUAUCCAGCGCUAAUUGCUCUUUUCUGUUUGUAUCAAACCGCCGCGGGCUAUGACGCCCCAGAGCCUCGUCACGGGGCCCCCAUGGCGGGCACUCUGAGCUCGGUGGGGGCGGGAGGGGAGCACUCGCCGCCUAUAUACCGACCCGGCUCGCAGGCCUACGUGGUCUCCCAAUUCGUGAAGCCGAAGCCCCCCCACCAGUACUGGGAGGAGGAGACGUCGCAGUCGCUGGUGCCUGAGAACCGCAACUGCCUGCUGUGCGAGAGCCAGGACUCCGGCGCGUGCCGGGCCAUGCCCUCCUGCGUGUACUGCGAGCCGACAGUGACGGCCCUGUGUGAGAGAAGCACUCCUUGCUUGCGGUGUACCGUGAUAAAGAACCCGUUCUUCAAGUGCAUCCCUGGCGAGAAGUACAUGGACGAGUGCGACUCGUGCCGCUGCACAGACGGGCACGGCGGCUGGUGCUCCGACCAAUUCUGCGAGCUGCGCGCGCUGCAUCUGUACGCCAUGAAGCUGUCUGAUGGCGAGUUCUAUUGAGGUCAAUAAAGAUC